CCGACGCAGCACGAACCGACUCUCAACACAAAGUGUGCAUGCUGAGCUAUAAUUAAAACCGUACUUGCAGUUUAUAAAAGAAAUUAAAUGCAACGAGCAACGCACCUGCGGGUGGCAACGAAACCUCAUUUAAUCACAGUGGCAACCUCAAAGCACAGCUGUUAACUGAAGCUUCCACAAACAACGACAAUUAAAUGACAUCAACAUAAUGGCAUCCAAUGAAUCACAGACGAUUUACUGUGGCAGCGGCCUCGAUAAUUUUCACACCAGCUACAAAAUUUGGCAUGGCUACAUCUCGCUCAUCGUCUGCAUACUAGGCACCGUGGCGAACACACUCAACAUAAUCGUGUUGACGCGCAAGGAGAUGCGCUCACCCACCAAUGCCAUACUCACCGGGCUCGCGGUGGCCGACCUCGCCGUCAUGAUCGAGUAUAUACCCUACACCACACAUGACUACAUACUCGCCGAGCGGCUGACACGCGAGCAACGCCUCAGCUACGGCUGGGCGUGUUUCAUCAAAUUCCACUCGAUAUUCGCACAAGUGUUGCACACGAUUAGCAUAUGGCUGACCAUCACACUGGCGGUGUGGCGCUAUAUAGCCGUCGGCUAUCCGCAGAAGAACAGCAUAUGGUGUGGCAUGCGCACCACCAUACUCACCAUCAUCACGGCGUACAUUGUUUGCAUAUUGGUGGUGUCGCCAUCCUUCUACUUAGUCUCCGCCAUUGUGGAAUUUCUCGAGACCAUCGAUGAGCAUGGAAAAAUCAUAUACUCGGAACCGCUGACGCAGUUCAUAAUCGAUUACCACAAUGAGAUGGCAAAUCAAACGCAGCAGCUGCAGGCGCAGGUUACAGCAGCCGCUUGGGCCACCGGAAAUGCAUCCAUCACAAACGACAGCGCUGCGGCAACAACAUUUGCCGCAUCGUGGAAUGCCAGUGAUAUAAUGAUUACUACAGCCUCCACGCUAACCACUGUGGCAACCACAACCGUAUCGCCAUGGCAGCAGCCGCACCAUAACAUCACCGUCUAUAAACUGUAUCACAGCGAUUUGGCGCUGCACAAUAAAUCGCUGCGCAACUCAACCUUCCUCAUCUACAGCGUGCUCAUCAAGCUGAUACCCUGCAUCGCGCUCACCAUACUUUCCGUGCGUCUGAUAGUGGCACUGUUGGAGGCCAAACGCCGACGCAAAAUGCUCACCAGCAACGCGGCGAACGGCAUGAAGCCUAUCGUCAAUGGGAAGGUGUUGGAGCAGCGGCCACGCAAAAACAGCAAAACAUUGGAGAAGGAGAAGCAAACGGAUCGCACGACGCGUAUGCUUUUGGCGGUUUUAUUGCUCUUUCUCAUUACCGAAUUCCCGCAGGGUAUUAUGGGUCUGCUAAACACCAUGCUGGGCGAUGCCUUCCUCAUGCAAUGCUACCUAAAGCUGAGUGACAUCAUGGACAUACUGGCGCUACUGAAUUCCAGCAUCAAUUUCAUACUCUACUGCUCGAUGAGCCGUCAAUUCCGCACCACAUUCACCAAGCUCUUCCGGCCGAAGUUCCUCGACAAGUGGCUGCCCGUGGCACAAGACGACGACGGCGCCACCGGCGCCAACGGCCGACUGCGCGGCGAAUUGGCCAGCAAAUCGCACGCCGUCGAACAGCAGUGCCUGACCACGCAGGUGACGAACGUGUAGCAUCGAAG